AUGGUACGAGCUGAUCCCCUGUCCUUUCAGCUCUGGAUGCGCCCCAAUGCAGGUCUGAUCCUAUAUGUCGCUUCUCUCUCGCAGACGGUGAAGCGCCGCAACGGCGGCCGGAACAAACAUGGCCGUGGCCAUGUCAAGUUUGUCCGCUGCAACAACUGCGCCAAGGCAGUCCCGAAGGACAAGGCGAUCAAACGCUACUGGGUGAAGAACGUCGUGGAGCCAGCCGCCAUGAGAGAUCUGAAAGAAGCAUGUCUUUUCGAGGGAUACGUUCUUCCCAAGCUCUACGACAAGUUGCAUUGGUGCAUCGGCUGCGCCAUCCACAGGCGCGAAAUCAAGGUUCGCUCCCGUAAGGACAGGAAGAACCGCGCACCGCCGCCGCGACACUUCCGCCCCAGGGAGGAAUGGCCUGUGGGUGACGCUCCUCGUCCUGGUGGUGGUGGUGGGGGUACUGGUGGUGCUGGCGUUGGUUUCGGUGCCGGUGGUGCUGGCGGUGGUUUCGGUGGUGGUGGUGCGGGCGGUGGCUUCGGUACUGGUGGUGCGGGUGGUGGUUUCGGUACUGGUGGUGCGGGUGGCAGCUUCGGUACCGGUGCUCCAGCUCCCAUCACUGGCGCCUGA